CGAAAGCUGUAAUGAAUGUUCUCGCGCAUCUGUAAAGUCAAAACCGACGCUUUCCAACGGGCAGAACGGGAUCAUUAUUACGGCAUUAUGAACUUUUGACGCCGGACACCGGGAAUCUGUCAGGAGAUUAAGGUACAGGCCAGCAGCUGCCAGCUUGGCGAGGAGGAGCAUUUCCUGGCCUGAAUGCGAACCGACUGCAGCUGGAGCAUGUCCACUGCAGGCUUGACUGCCCAGGAGAUCUGUUUACCCACGCAAAGCCUUUUCCUGCGGGGCAGCCACUGGCAUAGCAUGGCCGGAGCUAAGCCCUCUUGGAAAUGCAAUGAUCUACGCAACUUAUACCUAAGCAUUGAUUCUUCUACGGAUUAUAACAUUGAGUCUCAGAAAAAGGUGCUGCCGACAUCAUAUUCAGCAGUGGAAAAACAGCGGAGUCACAAUAAUUCAACAAACAGCACAGGAGCCCAGCCCUUGCCCCCUAAAAAACCUCGGCCUUCCCAGCUCACUUUACACACGGAGCCCUAUACGUCAAAUCCUGCCAAAGACGACCAAGUGGUUCCCUGCUUUGAACGUUUGACUGUAUCUGACCGCAUCAGUCCUCCACAGACGCCCAGUCGAGCCACCAAACCCCUUCCCCCAAUCCCCGGCUCUGCGGAGCUUUCCCCUGAUCAGGCUAUGGACAGUGAAGUAGAGUUUUUCAAUGGAGAUGAAAAUCACUGCCUAGUUUCCGAAUCUUGCUCCAAAAACUCUCCGUUCCGCUAUGGGAUGCCCAGUAGGAGGAGUUUCAGGGGCUGUGGACAAAUUAAUUAUGCCUACUUUGAAGGUCCCACAUCCCAGCAGAAACAGCAGCAACAACAACAGAAGGCGAGACAGGAGCGGGAAAACCAACAGAGAGAACAAGAACUUCGUGAUCAGCAACAGAACUGUAUACGACAGCAGGAACGUACGCAAAGAAAGCUGCGACGGUCCCAUUCUGGGCCCGCGGGCUGCUUUAACAAAACCGCCUCCUUCAGAUACUCCAGUCACCACAGGUACACACACAACCUGGAUAAACCAGAGGUUCCUCCAAGAGUCCCAAUUCCCCCACGACCAAUCAAAACCGGAGACAACCGCCGCUGGUCAGCCGAAGUCUCAUCGGGAGCCAACAGCGACGAUGACCGACCUCCGAAAGUUCCCCCUAGAGAACCUUUAUCUGCGUGUCCACGCACACCCAGCCCAAAGAGCCUCCCCAUAUACUAUAACGGGAUCAUGCCCCCUACUCAGAGCUUUGCUCCGGACCCUAAAUACGUCAGUCGUGGUUUGCAACGACAAAACAGCGAAGGCUCGCCAUGCAUUCUUCCUGUCAUGGAGAACGGCAUGAAGGCCAGCAACACGCACUACUUUCUUUUGCCACAGCGGCCGUCAUACCUAGAUAAACAUGAGAAGUAUUUAACGGACAGCACAGCGAGUCGAAGCACAAGCGCUUCCGAUUCGAGUUCAGACUGGGACUGUCAAAGCAAACGAAAAACGACGCACCAAAUAGACUUGGUAUGAACUAACCAAGUGCACAAAAGACUUCUUCGCUGCUUUGUUGCAGUUUUGCUCGUAAGUUUGAGCAGGUUACAAUUAAAUAGCAGUUACUGGGA